AUGUCUCAGGGUCUUUUAUACUGCAACAUGCGCGUCAGAACUUGGGUUCCCAAGGCUCUUGUUGAGCAUCUCAAACUCGAUAUCAAAGUUGUUGACCCAGAAGAUCAAUCAGUCGAGUUUGCUCGCGACUUCCCGCUCAAAAAAGUGCCAGGUAUGGUUUUACCCGAUGGUACCAAAUUGACCGAGGCAUUGGCAAUCUUUUACUAUCUAGUCGGACUCUCUUCUAACCAGCAGGUCAAGGACCAACUGACUGGCUCUGAUAUCAAGGAAAGAGCCCAAAUCAUGAGAUGGUUGUCGCUGACCAAUACAGAGUUGCUAGUUCUGUUUGCGAACAUAGUUAAACCACUCAAUGGCCUUGCCCCUUACAUCAAGCCCCAGGCAGACCAGUUUGCAGCAAGGAUUGAAAGCGUGGCAGCAUUGUACGAAGAAAGACUCUCCACACAUACGUACUUGGCUUCUGAGGAAAUCUCUUUGGCUGAUCUAUUUGCUGUCUGUGUUUUCUGCAGAUGCUUUGAAAACAUUUUUGGUGCCAAAUGGCGUGCGGCACACCCAGCUAUUCUGCGUUGGUUCAACACCGUUAAGAAUGCCUCCUACUUGAAAGAACGCUGCAGCAACAUUAAGCUUUGUGCUGAACCAUUGCCAGUGCCUCAGAGUAACAAGAAAAAGGAGUCCAAGAAAGAGGUCAAGAAGGAAACCAAACCUUCCGCUCCAGCUCAGAAAGCACCCGCUGCAACAGAAGCGCCAACUGAGCCAAAAAAGCCAAAACAUCCUCUGGAAACACUUGGCAAAGCCACCUUUCCUCUUGAUGACUGGAAACGUAAGUACUCCAACGAGGACACCAGAACCGGCGCAUUGCCUUGGUUUUGGGAGAAUUACAACCCGGAUGAGUACUCUCUCUGGAAGGUGGAUUUCAAGUACAACGAUGAGUUGACUUUGACCUUCAUGUCCAAUAACCAGGUUGGUGGGUUUUUCAACAGACUCAGUGGCUCGAUCAAGUACAUGUUUGGCUGUCUUGUCGUCUACGGCGAGAACAACGAUAAUGGUAUUACUGGUGCUGUUUUGGUUAGAGGCCAGGACUUUGUGCCUGCUUUUAACGUCGCACCAGACUGGGAAUCGUACUCGUACACCAAGUUGGACCCUUCCAAGCCAGAAGACAAGGACUUUAUUGGCAACAUGUGGGCUUGGGAUAAGCCUGUUAUCGUUGACGGUAGGGAAAGAGAGAUUGCCGAUGGUAAGGUCUUGAAAUGA